UGCUCUACUUUGACCCUUGAGCUGCUGGUUUGGUGUGUGUGUGUGUGUGUGUGUGUGUGUGUGUGUGUGUGUGUGUGUGUGUGUGUGUGUGUGUGUGUGUGUGUGUGUGUGUGUGUGUGUGUGUGUGUGUGUGUGUGUGUGUGUGUGUGUGUUUCUGUGUGCGCUCGCACCUUCGUUUUCCCCGAAAACACGUGACAUUCACUGAGAGGCGCGGCUCCUUGACUUCCUCAUCUAACGGUCCGUCGCAGCGAGCAGCCCUUCCUCCGCUUUUUAAACCUUUCACCUGAUUAACUUGAUUUAUAAACACUUUAACCUCAGUUUUUCCCUUUACAUUUACACUUUUACAACUUUAUACCGUAUGGACGCAUUUUAAUCCCGGAGUAGAUAAGGAGUUGUGUUUGUGUCCAGGUCUCCAGUCUACUAUGGAUGAGGAGAGAGAGGAUGGGGGUUCUACCUCUAAGACCACUCUGUCUGGGGAACAUGGCCGCCGGAGCAAAGCUAAGAGCCCAGAGCAGCAGCAGAGAGCAGACCCCCCUGGACCCAGCUGUGUCUCCAUGAAGAGUGAGCACUAUAUGGGGGAGCUUCGAAGGAUCCGUUCUGAAUUUGUGGAGAGAGUCUCAGGCCCAGUUAUCAAAGGUCUCGUGGAUGACCUUUGGCAGCAGAAGGUGUUUAGCACUGAGGAAAAGGACUACGUGAUUGAGGACCAGAAGAGCAAAGCAGACCAAGCACGUCGUCUGAUCGACAUGGUGAUGGGGAAAGGGGAGAGAGCAAGUCAAGCGAUGAUUGAUAGUAUGAAGAAGAGGGACGAACACUUAUGCUCCACCCUGGGUCUGAUGUCUUCUCUUGCUGGUGUGGGAUCUGAUGCGGUGAAGUGCCGACAUAAAAUAAAGGCUAAUUUGAAGAAAAAAUUCAGCCGUGUGUUUGAGGGAAUCCCUAAAGAAGGGUGUUCAACACCUCUGGAAAACAUCUACACAGAGCUCUUCAUCACACAGAGACGCAGUGGAGCGGUCAACAAGGAACAUGAGGUCAGACUGAUUGAAACAGCUUCCAGGAAACCAGUCAAGGAGGAAACACCAAUCAAAUGUGAAGACAUCUUUAAACCCUUACCUGGACAAGAUCAACCAAUCAGAACAAUAAUGACAACUGGAGUGGCCGGCAUUGGUAAAACCAUCUUAACACGCAAGUUCACUCUGGACUGGGCUGGAGAUGAAACCAACCAUGACAUAGACUUCAUGUUUUACUUCACUUUCAGAGAGCUGAAUUUACUAAAUGGGGAAGAAUUUAGCUUGGUGGAACUUCUUCAUCAUUUCUUUAUUGAGACCAAAGAAGAAGAAAUCUGCAGAUUCAACCGGUUCCAAGUUGUCUUCAUCUUGGAUGGCCUGGAUGAGUGUCGACUCCAUUUGGACUUCCGGAACAACCCGAUCUGGACUGAUGUCACAAAGUCCAACAAGGUGGAAGUACUGCUGACAAACCUCAUCAGGGGCGACCUGCUUCCCUCCGCUCGCAUCUGGAUAACCACACGCCCUGCGGCAGCCAAUCGGAUCCCUGCUGAGUGUGUUGACAUGGUGACAGAGGUGAGGGGGUUCACUGACCCACAGAAGGAGGAUUACUUCAGAAUGAGAUUCAGAGAGGAGACGGCCAACGCAAUCAUCUCCCACGUCAAGAAAUCACGAAGCCUCCACAUCAUGUGUCACAUCCCAGUCUUCUGUUGGAUCACUGCUAAAAUUCUGGAGGACAUCUUAAACACACAUCCAGGCAUCCAGAUAGAAGAGAUGCCGAAGACCGUGACUCAGAUGUACAGCUACUUCCUUUGGGUUCAGUCGAUACAGGGGGACAGGAAGUAUUAUGGGAGAGCUGAAACGGAUCCAUACUGGGGUCCAGAGAGCAAGAGGAUAAUUCUUUCUUUGGGAAAACUGGCUUUUAACCAGCUGGAGAAAGGCAACCUGAUCUUCUACGAGUCAGACCUGGCAGAGUGUCACAUCGAUAUCAAAGAAGCCUCAGUGUACUCAGGAGUGUUCACCAAGAUCUUUAAAGAGGAGUGCGGGAUGUACCAGGACAAGGUGUUCUGCUUUGUCCAUCUGAGCAUCCAGGAGUUUCUGGCUGCUCUUUAUGUCUUUCUGUCCUUCAUCAACGAUGGUGUCAAUCUGCUCUCAGAAGAACCACCCACCUCUGGGGAAGAUAAACUCCUCCUCCUCUACCAGAGUGCUGUGGACAAGGCCUUACAGAGUGAGAACGGACAACUGGACUUGUUCCUCCGCUUCCUCCUGGGCCUCUCUCUGGAGACCAAUCAGAUUGUCCUACGAGGUCUGCUGGGACAGAGAAGAAGUACCUCACAGACCAAUACAAAAACAGUGUCUUACAUCAAGAAGAAGAUAGAUGGAGAUCUCUCUCCAGAGAGAAGCAUCAACCUGUUCCACUGUCUGAAUGAGCUGAAUGACCGUUCUCUAGUGAAGGAGAUCGAACAGUCCCUGACAUCAGGAAGUCUCUCCAGAGACUAUCUCUAUCCUGCUCAACUGUCAGCUCUGGCCUUCAUCCUACUGACAUCAGAAGAGGAGCUGGACGUGUUUGACCUGAAGAAAUACUCUGCUUCAGAGAGGGGUCUUCUGAGGCUGCUGCCAGUGGUCAAAGCCUCUAAAACGUCUCUCCUGAAUGGCUGUUGUCUGUCAGAGGGAUGCUGUGAAGCUCUGGCCUCAGUUCUCAGCUCCAACUCCUCUAGUCUGAGAGAGCUGGACCUGAGUAGCAAUGAUCUGCAGGAUUCAGGAGUGAAGCUGCUCUCUGCUGGACUGGGGAGUCCACACUGUACACUGGAAACUCUCAGCCUCAAUGGCUGUCAUCUGUCAGAGAGAUGCUGUGAAGCUCUGGCCUCAGUUCUCAGCUCCAACUCCUCUAGUCUGAAAAAGCUGGACCUGAGUACCAAUGAUCUGCAGGAUUCAGGAGUGAAGCUGCUCUCUGCUGGACUGGGGAGUCCACACUGUACACUGGAAACUCUCAGUCUCAAUGGCUGUGAUCUGUCAGAGAGAUGCUGUGAAGCUCUGGCCUCAGUUCUCAGCUCCAAGUCCUCUAGUCUGAAAAAGCUGGACCUGAGUACCAAUGAUCUGCAGGAUUCAGGAGUGAAGCUGCUCUCUGCUGGACUGGGGAGUCCACACUGUACACUGGAAACUCUCAGGUCAGUUGUCAGCCUCUUCUUCAAACUGGUUAUUCUAGCUUCCAGUAAGUGCUGCUCCUGCCUCAUUUCUGUUGCUCUUUUCUCUGCUGACAAAACACUCCCUGGUUCUACACAAUGUUAGAACCUGUGGAGAAACGGUCUUAGCGUACCAAACACAGCAGACUUCU